GCGGUCUUAUUUUCUGCUGAUCUGUUUUCCAGGCUAGCCCUGGCUGAUUUAACGAAGAAAACAUUUCUGAACUAAUGAAUCUGUCUCGAGUUGUGUCAAUGUUGUGAUUUUUAUAAAAGUGUGGGCUACUAAUGAAUGAUACUGUGAGUGUGUGUGUAUAAAUGAUUCAUAACACACACAGUGAGUAACGCGCAUCAUCAGUGGGAGGGGGUGGGGCCUGGCCAGGAUGGCCUAUAAAAGUGGGAAUGAUGCUCCCUCAACCACACACAUUCACGCUCACACCGUGUUAGACGUGUACCAUGAAGGGUCUGACGGCAAACUUGUGCUGGUGUGGUUUCUUGACUUCCCUUGUCAUCUUCUCUCUCGCUUCUGUCAGCACGGCAGUCAGCUUUGACCUAACCGAGCUGAGGAAUAAAGUGGCCAAAAUUAAGGUGAAUCCCAGAGGGAACCUUUGGGCGACAGGGCAUUUCAUGGGCAAGAAGAGUGUGAUGGAAACCCCACUGCUGUCAUCCACUGAGGUCGAGGGGGUGGAAGCCUUGGAGAUCCCCCGGACAGAGGGACACAGCGGCCUCAGCGAGCUUUUCCGGAACUUCCUCCAUGCGGCCAUGCAAGCGCAGGUGGACUCGCAAAAGAGUCGCUUGAAAACUGAGGAGGCGGAGAUGCUAAUGAGGAUUUUGGAAAUGUACACGCAGAGAAAAUGAUCCACCUUGAUCGCCAUUAAGGACAGUACAUUUCUCACAAUGAAUGUAAUCCACCCUCAUUUUUGUGCCAUUCACAAUAAACAAUUUUUUUUCUUUUGUUUUUGCUACAAUAUUUGGUCUAGUUUGCUUAUUUGUAGUCAAUAAAGUUCACAGUUUCACUGCUGUCACUCCACGCUGACAUGCAGCAAAUACAAGACCUGCAAAGAUUGUGACAUCAUCCAUUGGCUAUUAUGUGAGCGAUAAGCUUCUUCCAUUUUUCUGCAAAAACACAUCCACAAUAGAACUUGUAUAAAUGUGGGCAGAUUAUAUGAAUCAUGUUUCCACUUGCCUGAAAAUGUUGUAUGAAAUCAAUAUGGACUUUUAAAUGCUUGGUUCAAAAAAGCAACCUGCCCUCACGAUCAAUAAUGGGGAAGUAGCUUACCUUCUAGUUUUAGGCUGAGUAAAGAACAUUAUGUAUAGCAUUAUAAAGGGUGGAGCUUGUGCUUGAAAGGUGUGUUAUAAUUGGGCAGCCAGCCGUAAAACCACUUUGUAAAGUCUUUUUUCUAUUCACCUGUGUUCAUUUUGGAGGAUUAACUUCCUAUUUAACUGGCUACUGUAACCAUUACGUUCAUCUCAUUUACAUAUACACACUAUGUGACGGAUAUUGGGAUAUUCGAAUAAAAUGUGGCCAAUAAAAACACAUGAAUGGAUAAAAAAA